AUGUCCGCCCCUGCCAGAUUGCUCCCUCGCCUCCGGCCUCUUGUGCCUCGCAUUGGCCGCGUGCCUCGCAGUGCCUUCAUCACCAGCCAGUCGCAAACUGGCCCUGCGCCGAUUGAGCCCUCCAAGACCCAAGCCCACCCCCUGGGCGCGUAUUAUGAGGCGAUCCUCAACGACCCCCAACCGAUCCCCGAGGUGAAGUCAGAGGAGCCCCCCUCUUCCUCCGUUCACAAGCAGGAGCAAGGCCGUAAGACGUCGCCUCCCUCCCCAGACCCAACCCCGGACCCUGUUGCUGAAGCCCAAUCCGCACAGCCGGUGCCGACGCCGCCGCCGAAAAGCGCGGCUGAAAAGGCUGCCAUCGUUUUUGGCUCCGCUCUUGCCGGCCCCGCCGCGCGCAAGCAGCGUCUCGAGGAGCUGCGCAAUAAGAGCACCAUGAUCGCCGGCGUGCUCGUGCCCCCACGGCCCGAGGAGCCGGAUAACUGCUGCAUGAGCGGGUGCGUCAACUGCGUGUGGGAACGGUACAGGGAGGAGAUGGAAGAUUGGUCGGCGGCCAACGCGGAGGCGCAACUCAAGUUGCGCCAACAAAGGGGUGUGAGCGAUUCGGUAAGCAUGGACGACGACGACGGCGGCGGUUCCGAGACCAACUGGGUGCCCAAGGACCCUAAGAUCGCCAAAAACAUGUGGGACGACAAGCUGUACAACGAUGUCCCCGUCGGCAUUCGCGAAUUCAUGAAGACGGAGAAGAAGCUGAAAGCGAUACACGAAAAAGAGGGAACCCAGAGCGAUUGA